GAGGCCUCGGGGCUCAGUAUAGCUCUCGUACUUGUCGUUGUUGAGCUUGAGCAUGCUCAUCUGUUCCCACAUUCUGUAUGCUGCUGAGCAAAUGUUUUUGCUCUUGUCGACAUCCUGCAUCAUUUUGCAUCUGUGUUUGGCUGUAAAGCUCGCUCGACCGACUUUGCAGGGAGACUCGUCAGACUUUGGUCAAGAAUUGAUCGACUUUGUGACACGACUUGAUAGACUUGAGUUGAGAGUCGAUCGACUUUGUGACAAGGCUCGUUAGACUCGGUCUAAGACUCGUCAGACUCUAGCGAAGCUUUCGUAGACUUUGGACAGGACUUGAUGGACCCUAUGAAUGCACACGAUGGAUCAUGAAUCCUGACUCAACAGACUCUGAUUGGUGUCUCGCAGACUUAAUGGUCACGAAUCGCAAAACACCGCGC